AUGAUUGCAGAGCGGCAGUUGAAGUGCAAAGCGGCCGAGACCCAUGGUUUGCUUCAGUUUGCUGUCGAAAUGCUGAUGAAGCACGAGUGUACUUUGAAUGCGAAUGUGGACCCGGCAAAGCAAAUGCAAUUCAAGCUGUUAAAGCUAGCGGGGAAGGCUGCUCUAGCUUUUGACGAAAUCCUUGCAAAGCACACUCGCCAAAUUGGGGACUCUGAAUUGUUGGAGCUCUACAACCGCUACAAUGAGUUUGUGCAUCUCUCGGCUCGCUUUGCCAAGGGCGUGGCGAGGAAGAGGAAGCUUGCCAGGAAGAAAUUGUGCGUUUACAAAAAAUCCAAGUCUGGACGAGUUUCUGGGGGGCCUGACUUGAAGGCAACAGCUGCGUACACUUCUGUCUUCUGCCAGGAGGUUUGCAGGAUUUGGCAGGAUGCUUGGAGCAAGGGUUUGCUGCCAGAGCAGCAUUACGGCAGCAUGGAGGAUCUCCUACAAGAUUGCGGGUUUUUUGGUUCCUCGUCGAUUGCUGCUUCCGCUUCCGCUGCGCCCUCCUCAUCUUCCGCGAAUCAGGAUUCAGAGGUUGGUCCACAACUUCGGAGAAUGUCGAAACUUGUUCCAGGGUUCCAGAUUGUUUGGCCUUCAAUAACUCAAGGUCUUCAGCAAGUUUUUGGUUUCUGGGAUCUACUUCGGGUUUUUCAGGGCAAUUUAAGGGGUCGUAAAGGGCUCAAUAAUUAUCUAGGGUGA